UCUUCCAUAGUCUCAGUUUCCUCCCCCAAAAGCUUAUCCUUUCUUUCUCUCUCUCAAAACCCUAAUGCCAUUUUUGUGAAACACCCAUGGCAGCCUUUAUCUCCUGCCACGCCUGUUCUUUUCUAUCUACCUCCAAACCCGUCACCCCAAGAAUACCCGCCAACCAUUUUCGCUUCCCAGUUGCUCAGAGGAGUGCUUGGACUCGGAAGCUCGGACCCAGAUGUUUUUCUCAAUACCCACCCCCAUUUCAGAAUCAAAAGAAAGCGAAGUCCUUUUCCUUGAAGGAAUGUGCAAUUUCUAUAGCUUUGGCGGUUGGAUUGGUGACAGGAGUACCUGCAAUGGACUGGUGUGCUGAUGCCUAUGCGGCCACUCCAGCAUUGCCUGAUUUGUCUGUAUUAAUUUCUGGACCGCCAAUUAAGGACCCAGGAGCAUUGUUGAGGAAUGCGCUGCCUAUUGACAAUAAGGCUAUUAGAGAGGUUCAAAAGCCACUUGAAGAUAUCAGUGAGAGUCUGAAGUUAGCUGGAGUCAAGGCACUCGACUCUGUUGAGAGGAAUGUGAGGCAAGCGUCUCGAGCUCUCAAGCAGGGUAAGAGUUUAAUUAUUGCAGGAUUAGCAGAAUCAAAGAAGGAAAAUGGAGUAGAAUUGCUUGGCAAGCUGGAAGUUGGAAUGGAUGAGCUCGAACAAAUUGUGGUGGACAGGAAUAGAGAUGCGAUUGCUCCUAAACAAAAAGAGCUGCUUCAAUAUGUUGGAGAUGUUGAAGAGGAUAUGGUGGAUGGCUUCCCAUACGAAGUGCCUGAAGAAUACCAAAACAUGCCUCUCUUGAAGGGGAGGGCAACCGUGGAUAUGAAGGUCAAGGUCAAGGACAAUCCUAACCUGGAUGAGUGUGUGCUUCGAAUAGUUCUAGAUGGUUACAAUGCCCCAGUAACCUCUGGGAAUUUUUUAGAUUUGGUGGAGAGGCACUUUUAUGAUGGCAUGGAAAUCCAAAGAGCUGAUGGAUUUGUUGUUCAAACUGGAGAUCCUGAGGGUCCUGCAGAGAGCUUUAUUGAUCCAAGUACAGAAAAGCCCCGGACAGUACCACUUGAAAUCAUGGUAGAAGGAGAAAAAAUACCUUUCUACGGAGCGACUUUGGAAGAGCUUGGUCUGUACAAGGCUCAAACAAAACUUCCAUUUAAUGCAUUUGGAACAAUGGCCAUGGCAAGAGAUGAAUUUGACGAUAAUUCCGCGUCAAGCCAGAUAUUUUGGCUACUGAAAGAAAGUGAACUGACUCCUAGUAAUGCCAAUAUAUUGGAUGGCCGUUAUGCAGUGUUUGGAUAUGUGACAGAAAAUGAAAUUUUGUUGGCAGAUCUCAAAGUUGGUGAUGUGAUAGAAUCAAUUCAAGUAGUCUCUGGACUGGAUAACCUAGUUAAUCCAAGUUACAAGAUUGUUGCUGGCUAGCUCUCCCUGUACCAUGAAAAUCAAAUAACAUGCAUGAUUGUGAGCCUGCCAUGUCCUACAAAUCGGUUUGGCUAAUAAGAGAGAGCAGCAUGCUUUGUUUUUUAAGUACAUUGUUUUGUUCCCUGAUUUCAAGUUGACUGUAUUCAUUUCAGACAAUGCUUAUCCAUAUUGAUUUAUAAGCACUCUGAACUCAGUAAGUGCCUCUAAAUGAAUGCUUUCAUAGUGAAAUUGGAUAUAAAUCUGAGUUCCUGAA